AUGCACUUUAUAUCCUGGGGGCUUCAGCGGUCUGAGCGUUAUGGCACCAAGCAUCCGAUCUUAAGAUCUCUAUACACACCAUACAGGACUUUAAGUUUUGAUUCCUCAGACAAUAGUGUAGAGUUUCCUUUUGCAAUAGUGCUGUUAAGGAUGAAUGGACGAUGCCGGUUCGAGUUCUUUGGAGCACCUCCAAUACAGAUACCCUCCUGA